AUGCGUCAUAAACCUAGCAAGGCGAAAGGCUCGCGGGCUGUAAGACAUGCCUCGGGCCCGACACCUAUCUCUUCCACCCUUCCUACUCCUCUUAGUUCAGCCUACCCUUUGACCUACGCUUCCGAAGCCGAAUACGAUGUUAGCGACGAGGUAUCCAAAUUACAGAUUGGCGCCCUCACGCUAGGUGCAUCAGCGUCAGACCUACGCAAACCGAAACGAGAGAAACCUCGACCCUUUCGAUUUCUCGAUCUACCGUCCGAACUGCGCUUGAAGGUAUACGGUUACCAUUUCGCCAAUACCGGCGGAGUACUUGACCUUGAUCCGGACAACUAUAAGAGGAUCCACCAAAAAUUAGCUAUCCUGCGAUCCUGUAGUACCAUAUACCGGGAAGCGUCUUAUUUUUUCUACAGUACACACCCUGUUCGCAUCUUCCCGACGCAUCCCGGACGUUAUUUCAAAACCAAGAAGCCGCUUUUGGCCCGUAUGAAGCCAUGUCAGCGAGCUAGCUUGACCUCUCUCGAGCUACGCUUGGGUCCAGGCUGGAGUAGCCCUCCUCGCGGUUGGGUAGUAAACCCUGCGUUAGGAUUACCAGACUGCGUAAAUAUUACUAAGAUCACGGUCUACGUCGAGUGCGACCCGGGAAACGAUUUCUUCAGAGGAUUCCGCCAGCCGGACAACUUCUAUGAGCGAUUUUCGAAGUCGCUACUAACUAAUGUUCUCGACGAGAUGCCGUGGGUCGAACGGAUUGAGUUCGAGGCUUGGCUUAACGUGAAGAAGUCAGGGGUGCUCAUGCGCGGGCUAAUUGACGUAGUGAAAUCUCGGGGGUUGAAGAUCCUUUGGGGUAAGGAAAGAGGAUGGACUGAUGCGGAUGAGGUAGAACCACCUCCCGCGCUGGACCUCAACGCCCCCCUUAUUAAAGAUCACGGAAAUACAGACAUUAUGGUCGCAGUGUAG